CCAGUAGGAGAUUUCUGCGUCUGCUGUCCAUAAACCUCUCCCAGUUUCUGUUCAUAUCUUGAUCUGCUCAGCAAGAGAGAAAAAUAAAACAACAGCAAUAUUAAGGACAGACAAAACGUGUGGCUUGAUUUGGAUCGCCAUAACCGGCUUAAUCUGAAAAGAGGAAAAGCAGUUUCUGUGUGACAAGUAACAGGAGAGAAUAAAUAGUUUCGUUUCAGAUGUAUCCUGCCGGCAUCUUUUUCCUUUUGUUUGGAUUUGUCAUGGUGAAGUUUAUUACCUGCUACAGUGAUGGAACUUUAUUGACAGAUGAAUGUCAAGGAAUGAACAUCAAUCAUGACGGUACAGCAGCACAAACAACUGAAUCCCCGUUCACUGUCACACCAGAGCAGAGGACCUUCACUGAUUCUGAAGUGGGACACGACUUUGACGUGACGCUUUCAGGUACGGCAGGCAAUAAAUUUAUGGGUUUUAUGUUGGAGGCUCGUAAGUGUGAGACCUGUCCACCUGCCGGUACUUUUAGUUUGACUGACCCAAGCAAAACAGUCCUCCUGACCUGUGAUGGCCAAAAUGGCAGAGCUGUUAGUCACGCUGAUAACUUGGACAAAAACAACAUUGCAGUAAAAUGGAGAUGCCCUGAGGCUGGAACUUUCUUUUUCAGAGCUGCAAUCACAAAGACUUAUGAUGUGUUUUGGCUGAGAAAGUCAAUAAUACUUACUACAGCUGCACCCAGAACAACACCAGCUGCUAAAAACAUCACUAUCAAGAGCACUGCAAUCCCAACUGCAAGUACGACUAAAGUCAUCACUACAGUAAAUCACACAACAACAGCACCUAGAACAACACCAACCACUAAAAACGUCUCUGCAAACACCACUAAAGUCAUCCCUACAGUUACAGCACCCAGAACAACACUAACCACUAAAAACAUCUCUGCAAACACCACUAAAGUCUUCCCUACAGUUACAGCACCCAGAACAACACUAACCACUAAAAACAUCUCUGCAAACACCACUACAGUUAUUACUACAGUCACACCAACACCACCACCUACAUGUUUGAAAUAUGUGAUAUGUGUUUUAGCACUGUUACUUCUAAGUCGCCUCUGUUUUCUUGGUGGAUCUUCUUUCCUGGUGAUCAUCAGACCUGUUUUCAAACUGGUCAUCAUUACUGGGUCUUUCUUUGAACUAGCAUUCAAAUUUAUUGCUGUCGUCCUCGUAGUGAUAAGAGCCAAAACAUGUGACGGUUUGGAGAUUACAUUUACUGCUUUGACGGUGACUGCCAUGGUAUUAAGCCUGCUGCACACCAUCACCAUUUCCCUUUACCGUGAGCCAAGCCAAACUAAACUAAGGAAGUGUUGGCUUUGUGCUGUCAUGGUGGUUGAUCUGUUAAAUACUUCCAUUACAUCCGCUGCAAUAUUUGUUGGACUGUGGUGUUUUCAAGGGCGCUGGCUGACAAUAUUAAUGGGUGUUUAUGUUAUUUGGGAGAUCUUGUUUUACCUGACCUCAUUUAGCUGUGACCAACUGGAAAAAUGCCAGAUAAAAAGAAACCUAAGAGGACUUCAGAAUCGGGGAAGGAAGAUAUGCCGGUGGAUCAUUUUCUUUGUCUAUUCUCUUCUUAAUAUUUUCUUUACAAUUGCACUUAUAAUAGGAGUCUGUCUGACCAGAAUGGUGAAGUGUCUUUAGAAUUUGGUUCUGUGUUAGAUUUAAAAGUCUGCUUCCUAUUUGUUAUCGCACAAUUUGUUAUCUAUUGCCUUUUGAAACAUAUUGACUGAUGUAUUCCACAAUUUUAUUUAUUUGUCUCUAGGUCUCUUAGCUGUUACAUAAAAAUGAUGCAGUUGUUGAACGCUCUUUGAAACUGUAGAUACAGUACAUACCUGUUUUUCAUGACUCCCUUAUCACUGAAUUCACAGGUAUUGUUUACAAUGCAAUGUCAGCGCUUGUGAACAACAGUGAAUGUCUGACUCAUUUCAAAUGUCUUGAAUGGCUUACAUAAGUGAAGUGAAGAGAAGUGAAGCAUGCUAAGCCAUACUUGGAAUUUAACCAAGUCAAACAAAACCAAACAAAUGAAGCCAAAUAAACUUUUCACCUGUUGAAUUGCCUAGCUUAGAUUUAAAGAGUUAAACCUAAAAAAAUAAAUGCAAAACUUUAAGCAUUAAUGCAUCUGAAUGAAAUGCUAUACUUUUUAAACUAAUUUAGGGCUUAACAUUUUUCUUUUAGAUUCAAAAGUAUUACUGGGAACCAUGCACAACCAUAUUGACAUAAAUAAUCUAAAACUUUUAAUAAAUAAUGAAUGCUUAACAAACUUAUGUCUUUAUUUAACCAUCAUCUGGGAGCCUGACUGCUGGCAAUUCAAGUUCCACAACAGCCCAAUGUUUCAACUCUUUCACACUUUUCACCUAUAGGUGUCUCCCUGGUUUUGUCCACAUUUGAAACAAAGAUGUAUAUGCAUUCAUCAGGGUUUUUAUUCACCGGCCUCACAAUAUCUCAUAAGAGGGGCCACAUACACCUGAAAGCUACAAGACUUUUAGCUGAAAAAUCAGGUACGAAUCUCUGUACCUGUCUCCUACUCAGUUAUUGAAACAGCCAUUGUUUGAAGAUUGUUGUCAAAUCAUAAAAAUGCCACUCAAAAUGACUGACAGAACCAAAAAGCCAAAAUACAUAUUUACCGGCUUGACAGAUAUAAAAACAAGGGUCAUAAAUCAAAGGUCAUAAAUAUAUCAAAGCAAUGCAAAUUAGAAGCUUGAGAACAAAUCCACUUGUUAAGUCAUGACGUGGAAUAUUGUUUGCGGGUCUAAGCCUCCACUCAUUUCAGUAAAGGAUAUUAUUUAAACAACUAUUUAUUUAUAUCACACAUUUAAGAGAAAACUUAUACACUCAGUGUACACAGCAGUCUCCAGGCUCACAGAAUCACUGACAGUAAUAUAUUAACAAUUUGUUUGAAAAAAUCCAUGUCCGUGAGUCCAUGUCUGGUCAUCUCAGAUUUUGUUAUGAAAAUAAAAAUUUUAAUUAGGUUUUUUUGAAGUUUUGCAUUAUGAUACAAGUGUAUAUUGGCAUAUGUUUUCAGUUAUUUCCCUAUGGCGUUUGAGAUCGGUUAGACCCGGAAGCUGAAAUGUAAAUAUUGGCUGCAACAUGCAAGAGGAUUUAAAUAUAAAUUUAUUUAUUUAGCAGAUGCUUUCGUACAAAGUGUCAGUGAAGGUAUAAAAUUUUUCAACAUGUGUUUCUUGAUUUCAAACCUACCUUUUACGCUGCUAAAGCAAUGUUUAACCACUGAGCUAUACAGCACAUUACUGUAAACACCAUUAACCCCUUAUUAACGACAUACACUGUAAAAAGUGAAAAGUUAAAUCAACUUACUUAAAAAAUACUUUAAAUAGUAACACCUAAAAAAUAAUUUUUCACUUAAAGUGUUUUUGACUUAAACAUAUAAGUUGAAAAAGAGUAAUUUUUUAAGUUGAUUCAACUUUUCACUUUCUACAGUGUAGCACAAGAUCAGUUUUUGUUUGUGUACGAAAAUUUGUUGUUAUUUCUGAUGUUAUGCAAUGUAUAUUUUUUGAUAAGCGAUAUAGGGAUUUCUAAAAAUGUGUUUGCUGCAUGCUGUUGUAAUGACAUGUGUAAAGUAUGGAAAUAAAGCUUUAAGAACAUG